AUGGCUGAUUCUGGGAAACUUCCGAAUUUAGCUUCUGAUGCUGUACUCAAACAGUCCGUACCAGUUCCUGAAGAUUUUCAAGAAGUUAAAGGUAUAGAUUAUUCAAAAGAUAAUGCAUAUAAUAUGACUGCAAAAGAUUUAAUAUCAUCCAUGUCAACUAUGGGGUUUCAAGCAAGUUCAUUAUCACAAGCAUGUAAUAUUAUAGAUCAAAUGAGAAGUUGGAGAGGUAAACAUAAAUCAGAAUUAGAAGAACAUGAACAAACUGGAGAAUUUGAUGAUGAUGGAUAUCAAAAAACAACUAUUUUCAUGGGAUAUACUUCAAAUUUAAUAUCUAGUGGAUUAAGAGAUACUUUAAGAUAUCUUGUACAACAUAAAAUGGUUAAUGCUAUUGUUGCAACAGCAGGUGGGAUAGAAGAAGAUUUAAUAAAAGUUUUAGCACCAACUUAUAUGGGAGAUUUCACAUUACCAGGAAAAGGGUUAAGAGAUCAAGGUAUGAAUAGAAUUGGGAAUUUAUUAGUACCCAAUGAUAAUUAUUGUAAAUUUGAAGAAUGGAUAGUACCUAUUUUGGAUAAAAUUUUAGAAGAACAACAAGAAGAAUUUGAAAAAGAAGGUGUCAAUGGACUAGAUGCAGAUUCAAAUGCUAUUUGGACUCCAUCAAAAUUAAUAGAUCGAUUAGGAAAAGAAAUAAAUGAUGAAUCAUCUGUAUUAUAUUGGGCCCAUAAAAAUCAAAUACCAAUUUUUUGUCCUGCAUUAACUGAUGGAUCAAUAGGUGAUAUGUUAUUUUUCCAUACUUUUAAAUCAUCACCACAACAAAUUCGAUUAGAUAUAGUAAAAGAUAUUCGUAAAAUAAAUUCAAUGUCAAUGUCAGCUUUUAAAGCAGGUAUGAUUAUAUUAGGUGGUGGAUUAAUUAAACAUCAUAUAUGUAAUGCAUGUUUAAUGAGAAAUGGAGCUGAUUAUGCUGUUUAUAUAAAUACUGGUCAAGAAUUUGAUGGAUCAGAUGCUGGUGCAAGACCUGAUGAAGCUAUAAGUUGGGGUAAAAUUAAAGCUGAUGCUAAAUCUGUAAAAGUUUAUGCUGAUGUUAGUUUAGUAUUUCCUUUAAUUGUUGCUGCUACUUUUGCUAGUGAAAGACCUGUAAAUAAAAAAUUAGAUAAUUCAUUGUAA